UAAGUAAAAGCGCACUUAUGAAGGUUAAGAUAUGUUCGGGCCACAUCGAUGAAAUGUCUACCAUUCAAUCUUCCAAUCAAUAUGCUUUCAAAGCCUUGGUCGUUCAAGUGUUGAAUUCGAUUAGACAAGAACAAUCGAUGAUUGAAUCUCACAUGAUUAUGCCUCCAGAUUUUGUAUCUGGUGUUCCUGAAAAUAGAAAAACUUCUUUGGUUGAUCAUGAAGAAAUUAAGGAUUUCGAAAUCUGA